AUGAUGUCGACGAGCGCAACGGCAGAAGUGGCAAGAUCGAAAUGGCGCUUUGCAGACGAAUCUUCAAGCGUCAACAGCAAAAACACCGACAAGACAAGCGCGGCGCAAUCCAGUGCUACUCCAUCCAGUCUGGAUUUCAGACUGGGGUCAAGGGGGUGUCGACCACUGGAUUCCUGGCAGCAAGUGCAAUGGAGACCCAAAGCAGACAUCGAGAACAAAGCCUGUCACCCUGAGAAACCUAUGGUGGACCGCGAAUUCCUGCCCACGAUGCCAGCGAAGUCGUAA